AUGUAUGGAUAUGAAGAGGAAUCGAGAAAAAAAAAUCAAUUUCGCCAAGAAUCUGGAAUUUUACCGAAUCGAGAUUAUUUAUGCGUGAUUGCAAAUAUUACUUGAUGGCUUGCCAUACAAUGAUUUGCUAUACAACAAGUCUCUGGCAUUUCGGUUCAGUACAACUUUUGUGUGAAUGUGAUUCAACAAGCAGCUGUCUGCCAAGAAAGUGUUGUAUUCUAUGAGAAAAUUCGCCUGAAUGUCAGAUCAGUGGAGAGCCAACGGAAAAUGAAUUGGAAGCAGAAGCUUUUGGUUCGUUAUUUUCAUUGUGAAUUUCCAAAUGUUCAAUUCAAUUAUUGUUAUUUUAUAGAUCGAAAGAAGACGGAAAAUACGAAAACGGUUGCAGCAAUGUUGUAUUCUUCAAAUGUUCUGCCCAUCAAAUUUAGUUGACCUCGCUGAAUACAAUCAAUGUUUGAAAUCAUGCGACGAUGUCACACCAAAACAGGAACAUCCGCAGAUGAAGUUUAUGAGGAACCAACAAUGUACCAGCUGAAGAACACUUUGAUUGCUCAAAUUUGGAAGAUAGAAACUACGUUUUGAAGAAGUUGUCGCUGAGGUGGAGGAGCCAAUUGAUAUUCAUGCACCAGUUUCAUCAUCAUCUUCUGAACAAUCAGUUGCUACUUCAACUCUUGCUGAUAAUAAUGAUGUUACAGUUGCAGUUGCAACUUCAACAGUUCAACCAAUUUCAAAAGUCACAUCUGGAUAUUUGGUCGUGAGUUUUUAUUUUUUAUUCGGGCUGGCAAGACGUGUUUGUCUCUGCUAGCAACAUUUUUCACAAUUAGAAAUGCCAAUUAAAAAAAAAAACGUAUAAAGUACAAUACAAUUUGUUUUACACGUUCUUUAUUGUUGGAAUUUCAAAAAUUGUCAUACUUCUGAAUCUGAUAAUUAUGGUAUUUUCAGCAUCAAUCGAUUCGGUUUUCGCUGCUUCAUUCCACCGCCCGUUCAUUUGUUUUUGAAGUUUAUUCUGACACGAGACGUAUCAAUCAAGAAAAAAUCGAGUAUGGAAACAGCCGAGUUUCUCAAGGAGAUGAUGAUAUGUUCAAAUGUGCUCGUCGAUUUGGCUUCCAUCAACGAUGUUUUGCCGAAAUCUGCAAUUCAACUCGAAGUCGAAGGAUCUGGUUGUGAAAAUGGCGAAGAGCCACAAUUUGUGGAAGACGAAGGAGCAGAGGAGUCAUCCGAGUCAUCUCCAGUCAGUACACCAACAAAGAACCAAAACUGUUUUGGGACAAUGUUUCGAUGUGUUUAUCAAUUGUAGUCGGAUCAACAGAGUGAGUUAAUAAAAACAAAUACUUUCAAAUAGUUUUAUAUUAUUUUCAGAUUGCUGCUUGUAUGAUUGAUGAGCAAUUCGACAGCACAAUUAACUCUUUCUCUUCGAUUUGUGGAAAUUCUUCAACUUCUGCCGAUUGA